AUGAAUGGGGAUUCUGGCCUAGUCGUCACUCUUGUAGACCGGCUUACAACACGGCUACCCCAUCGAACCGGAUCACCCUUACAUGACUUCAGUCGCGAUGAGAUCGUCGUGCUCACUCGUGGCACGCUUGUUGGCAUCAGUGCUUCCUGUAUUGGGAUUGUAGUCGAAGCCCUUACCCAACUCCUCGAGGAGCUGUCCCAACCCUAUAAAAGCAUACAGGCGCACCCAAUCCAUGUCCUACACUCCGAGCUGUAUGUCGUGGAGCUGUUGGCAGAAUGUUGUUCGAUUCAUUGGGCGAGCGUAAACACAACAGAAUCCUCGUCUGUGGAAGAAGAAUCACUCUCUGAUUCCGAGGGUUCUGAAUCGGAAUCUGGGAAAAGGGUCUCUUCUUUGACUAAUGCAAAAUACGCUCAGAACAGGCGUGCGUCUCGGAACAGGCUUCUGGAAAGAGGCAACCCACCCGGACCCCUAACGGAUGAUCUCGUCAGAAGGUUGAUUGAUGCCGUCAAGUUAUUUUCUAGGCCUGUACCCGAGAGCUAUGUCCUUCCUGCCGCCAAUAUUCUCGAUGAUAUGUUUACUGGACUUCCUGCUGGAGAAUCAUAUCUCCCGGAUAAUCCGACAGCUACAAAUGGCCACCUCGGUGGGAGUGAGGUUUCCAAACUUCUCGUCGACAAGUCGGAUGCCAUCGAGGCUUUCACGAGAGGCAUCAUAGAAUACGUGUCGUGUUCAAACUGGUUUCGUGUACUUGAAUAUUUGAAGAAUGCCCUUCAGCAAGCCGCUCGUCAACCUACGGGGAAUCCUGGCCAGACGAACUUCGUAGGCGAUGAUGACAGGAACGCCCUGGUUUCGAUUCGGCUCAUUUCUUCCUUCUGGGUCGAUAGCCGCAAAUUGAGUGUCGUCAUCCAAGAGCUUUGUGGAAGUUUCUUACAUCUCCGCAAGGCUUUUCAGACGACUGUGGCAAUAGUUCUGCCAUUGCUCAUCACGCGAUGGCUUGAGCGUAAUCCGGGAGAGUUCAUCGACCUCCAUUCCAUGCACCAAAGGCUGGACGGUGGCGCAGAAACAUUAUUUGAUAUGACAAACACCAUGUUCGACGGAGGCAGGCGGAAAGCUCUUCUUUACCCCUUCCAGACCUCAUUACUUCUACUGCUGCCUGAUGUGUUCGAAUACGCUAGCAACAUGAGGGAGGUCAAAAGCAGUAGCAGUAUUGCCAAAAAGGUAUCCUUUCUCGAAAUGCUGAGAAAAGCUUUGAGGAACAGGAACGAGACUGCUAUACACUGUUUAACCACCGUUUUGAGGGUUGCCCGGCACUUUCCUAUGGACAGCGACGCUGCUAUUCUUAGUUUUGCUUUGGAUGUUCAGGAGGAGGUGAGGGAGGCUGUCUUCCGGCGUCACAAUCCUGGUGUGGAUGCUGCAAAUAUAGACAAUGCUCUCAUGUGUGCCGCUUUCGUCAGUCUUGCACAUCUGGAUUUUGACUCGUGCGUGGAAAGUUUGACUCCAUUCUGUCUGGCUUCGAAUGCACCUCAGGACUCUAAGAUUGCAGUCAUCUCUGCUUGUUCCCAUUUUGCAAGGCAAUCCAACGCUGAUGAAUAUCUACCGCUAUUCACAAAAGUGGCAGAGUUUAUUCGUGUCCAGCUGAGUGCGACGACAUUGAGAAGGCGUGAUUCUUACGCUGAUGAACAAUACCCUUUAUCAAAAUCCCUUGAGAAUGCCAACUCUGCAGAUCUAAUAUACAGUAUCCUAUUAUUUCUCGAUGCAUCGUCCUUGACUCUCUUUAAUGGAGCCCCCAGUUUUGGCCCGGAAUGGAUCGUAUUCUUUGAAGACACCUUUGCAACUUUUUCAACGUAUCUGGCUACUGAUGAUGAACGUAUCAGAUGUCUGGCCAAUACAGUUGCACGGAAAAUCAUGUCGGAAGGGACACUAUCAUUCUGGCGCAAGAGCAGAGGUGUAGGCUCACAAGCAUUUAAGCAAAAUUUCUGGAAAACAACGUCUUCGAUUCUCGCCACAGCGGCCGACAAACUGAUUACCAUGGGAAAUGAUGACAAGGGAACUCUGCGAUUCGUCCACGACUAUCUAGACUCCCGGCUCUCUCUCCUGAAAACCAUUGAGGAAUUGACAGUGGUUGCUGAUGACAUGCCUGAGCGGAUCAUUGCGUGUACGAAACUGGAGACUGCUUUCUUGAUUUCUCUCUGCUCUGCAGACAUCUCUGUGUGCCAGCUGGUUACCAAGUGCAUCUCUCUAUUCUGCGAAGAGGCUCGUCUUGUAGAUGCGUCGACCACAGCGACAAAAUCAUCAAUACCGACCAUUCGGAACAUUGAUAUCUACCUGGAGAUUUCAACGAGACAAUUUCGUUUCACUGGAUUGGUGGCAUUCCAGAAACGUGUUCGUGGCAUUAUGCGACAGAUACAAUAUCCUGCCGCGGGCAUCCUCACUGCAUGGGAGACCGUCUUCGAGUACUGGCUCAGAACGUCGAAGCAGAUAUUUUCUCGGUCGUCUGAUAUGCUGGAAGAAAAGUUGCUAGUAGAAUGGCGAAAUUACUCGGGAUUCCUCGCAUCCCUUGGUGGUUCUUGUGUUUCCGAUCUUGCCAUGGUGACCGAAGAUACGAGCUUGGCCGGUCUGAGAUGGAUUGACCGGGUGUCUCCAGAUAUCUAUGACGAGACUCUUCUAAGCAAGUAUAUGAAACAGAGCAUUCAACUUCUGGCAAGCAACAAUGUCAGAAUACGCGAAGCGACAAGAGAGACGCUCUCAACAGAGCUCUCUCCGUCGCUCUACUUCCCGCUGUUCGAAGCUCUUGAAUCGGAGCUUGGCGUGCUAUUCGACACUUCCCGCACGAACACUUCUCUGUCAAUUGAUUCGCGUGUCAUCUUUGCCGAGCAAGCUGCUGCUUUGCUGAGAAGUAUUGUCGAGCGAUUAGGGGGACCUGCAGAAGCUGGUUCAGCAUCAUCCAUCGACGUUGGCGCAUUGACCCUCAACUUUGCAAAGUUUUUGGAUGACUUGGCGGAAGGCGCCAGUAUACUCAGAGUCAAGAUCAAGAUAUGCCAGCUAUGCGAGACCAUCACACAGAAAAAAGAGCUUUUGAACCUUAGAAAUGAUGUGCGCAUCAGGAACCAGCUGCUAGAGGUCAUAUUUGGCUGGAUAGCUCGUCCAGGAACACCUAGAGACGCUGUGGUUCCUUCCGGUGCUCGGGUCGAGGAGCUUCAUAGACUCCAGCGAGAUUUGGAUCGGGCCUGUCUGAAGGCCUUGGCCGAUCUUACAUAUCGACUCCCUCUGCAGCCUGCAGAAGGGCAGACUGAUGCCGACACAAGCGAUCUGAAGUCCCAAAUGUUCCACACUUACUUCAACCGCUUUCUCUCUCUACUAAAUUAUGAGGCCGCAGAAAUCGGGAGGAAUGAGAUUCGACUCACAACCAUUGCAAGCGACGAUUCCAUGACACCACCCGAACUUGCAAUCAGCGCGCUGUCAAACCUGUUGAGCGCCAACAUCGAUGUUGGUCUCAAGCACUCUUUGGGGAUUGGGUAUCAUGAGGACUUGGAAAUACGAACCGCUUUCGUUAAAGUUCUGUGCAAUAUCUUGAUUCAGGGUGCAGAGUUCAACAACCUUUCCGAUACGGCCGUGAACGAGAAAUACGAUGAACUACUCGAGCUACUCAUCAACGACAUGGCAUUGACCAUCGCGCUUUGCGAUGCUUGCCCGAGCACCGAAGUAGACGAAAUGACCAUUUCUCUGCUCAAUAUCUUUGAUUCUAGAGGUCUAGGCUUCGUUUUGUUGGAAGCUCUCAUUGAGCACGAAGUCGAAGAAACAGAAAACGAGGCCGAGCUGUUACGCAGAAACUGUGUAGCCACCAAAAUGCUAUCAGUCUAUGCGAAAUGGAAGGGGGCUGCAUAUCUGAAGGCUACUCUUCAACGUGUCCUAGAGCGUCUUGUUCUGACUUCCAAGGAUCUCGAUCUCGAACUCGAUCCUGCCAGGACUUCGUCUGCUGAGGAACUACAGAAGAACGCUCUUCAACUCCGCGUUGUUGCUAAAGUUUUCAUCGAUGACAUAUGUAAUUCUGCCGCACAUAUACCCGUUUCGUUCAGGAAAAUAUGUAGCAUUAUAUCGUCUGCUGUGAUGAAAAGAUUUCCUGAGGCCAAGUUUACAGCGGUUGGGGCGUUCAUAUUCCUCCGGUUCUUCUGCCCAGCUAUUGUAGCACCCGAUGUUGAAGGGCUGAUAACAUCAGCACCUUCGAAGGAAAUGAGACGUGGAUUGCUUCUCAUUGCAAAAGUUGUUCAGAACCUGGCCAACAAUGUACUGUUUGGUGCCAAGGAGCCAUACAUGUUUCCCCUGAACGACUUCCUCACGCAAAAUAUUUAUCGUGUAACAACAUUCCUGCGAGAGAUCUCUGUGCCGCCAAUUGUGAUCGAACCCGCCAUCGAAUCGGAGUCUUUCGAUUUUGGAUCGUGCGUUGCUUUGCAUCGAUUCCUGUACGACCACUGGGACCAUGUUCGACAGAAGAUUGUCAUCAGGGAAAGAAAAGGCGCUGUCCGAUCCCUUCUCGACGUCACAAAGGGCCAAAUUCCAAUACUAGAGGCUCUGCGCAAACUCAUCACUAAUCUAGGUCCCCCCCCUAUGGAUGUUUCCUGGAAUCGGCCCGCCAUCUCCUCCAAUAGUCCCCCUUCGUACUCGCGCUUUCAGCACUUCAUGCUCAGGAACGCUGGCCGAAAUACUGAAUCUCUUGUCUCAACUCGUGCCGUAUAUGAUGGCGGUGAAAGCAAGGAUGGGCUGCCGAUGAUCUGUAUAAUCCUUCGCAACAUCGAUACCGAAACUACGGAUUAUGAGCUGCUCCUUUUUGGCUAUCUCAAGAUCGCGAGCCGCAUGUGGCAUCGACCGUUUGGCAUCCUCAUCGAUGCAACUUGCUACAAUGGCCAGAAUGAGCCUCAGGACGCAUUAUUCCGGAAGUUAGAUCUCCUUACUCCAUCGGAAUUGUCGAAACAACUGUCGAGAGUCUAUGUCUACAAUAUGAACAGUGCAUUCCGGAAAUGCUUUCGUCGCAUUCUGAGACUGGCUGCAAAGAGUGAAAACAGUGCAUUCCACCCAAAGAACGUGGACUAUCAUCUCAUCGGCAGUCUUCAAGAUCUCCAGGUGCAUUUUCACCUCAGUCAACUACACUUACCCAAGGAGACGAUAAGCGUCGUCACUGAUACCAGAUAUGUGUUCCAACCCAUUGUGAGGCUGUCAAAGACCAAGGGCAAAAUCGAAGUUGUCAUCAAGGUGGGAAGCCAGUUCGUUCAGGUGACCACGACCAAAAAGCAAGAAGUCGUACCCGGCUUGAGGCUUCAUGCAACUGUCAAUGAUAUAUUCCGCCUCUCUGAGGUUGACGAAGCACCGACUUCUAUUCAAACCGAAGACGACUCCGCCUUCGGACUUCGGACGGAAAAUGGGAAGAUUGUAAUGUACUUCACAAGCCCUCGAAAACCAGAUGUACUUCAAGCGAUCAGGGGAGCCAAAGCUAAAUACGGCAAAGAAUUGAGGACCUUGAAGUCUUUUGAAAGACUCGUGCGACCGCAAGAUGUUCCUGGUACGCUUCUCAACAUUGCUCUCACGAAUAUGACAAGUUCCGACCAAAUCCUAAGACUGGCGUCUUACAAUCUCCUGUGCGCUCUUUGUCGAGCCUUCAAAUUCGCUGCAGAUUCCAAGUUCUUGAGCACGAAAGAGCUAUGUGUUCCGCUGAAUCCCUGCCAUUUCGUUGUCGAUAUAAGUCAACAGCUUGCUCAGUCCGAGCCGCAGCUUACGGCCGAUUUCCUGAAUGAGUUCUUCGUUGGGUGGGAGAGCUUCCCUUACUCACAGCGGCCAAUAAGUCUUGCAUACAUGGCUCCAUGGCUACCAGGACUGAGGACAAGCCUCAUACCAAACGACGUAGACAGCGAUAAAGCACGAGAAAAGGUUGCCGCUAUCUUUCGAAGACUUAUCGAGGUUGCAAUUUCCGAUAUUGCGCUUGGCACUACGUUGGAGCAGAACAUCUGGCCAGCUAUCACCAGUGAUGAAAUAUAUACAGACAUUUUCUUGGACGAAGUUGUCAAGGCAGCCCUGAGCUUCGGCGUGAUAGACGAACGUACGGAAGUCUUGGGAUCCAUAGUAGCUUCGCUCGGGACGGUCAGUAUACGCGGCAAACUCCUUUCCCGGCUUCGCAAAGCUCUGAACCGGACUUCAUUGCGGCCUACCAGACACUUACCAGAAAAUACUGUAUGGGGCGAGGUUUGUGUGCUCAUUCGACUAUGCCUUUCGAUAUCCUUUGACAGUGGCACGCAAUCCCAGCUGUAUCUGCCAGAGCUUUUCCAUCUCGUCACCAUGCUUGCCAAUACUGGAUCUUCGGAUGUGAGACUCAUGGUGCACCGUUUACUGAUAAACACGGUGCAUGCUAUGUGCACCACCUUCGGGCUGGAAGAGAGCAAGCUCGCCAGGCUGAAAGUUCUCCUUGCAUCACUUUCCGAGCCGAGAGCCGAUUCGCUCUUCAACAUUUCCAGCAGAGACGGAGUUUCGGCUGCAUCUUCACAAGACUCGGGGAUCCCCUCUCUAGUAGCAACCGAAUCUUUGGCAGUCCUGCUUUCUGAGAUCAGCACGGUUGCUGCUUUGACCGUUGAUAUGUCAAAUGCCUGGCGCUCCCGUUGGAUGAGCUUAGUCGCCAGCACCGCAUUCCAAAGCAACCCCGCAAUACAACCCCGCGCAUUCACUGUGAUGGGCUGUCUGGCGCGCGAAGAUGUGGACGAUGACCUCUUGUACCAAGUUCUUGUCGCUCUCAGGAGUAGCAUUGGACGCUUCAUGGAAGAAAAUGAUGGCGAAAUGCUCAUCGCCAUCGUCACCUCACUGACAAAGAUGAUGGACAAGCUGCCAUCAGCAUCUCGCUACGGCAUGCAAAUGUUCUGGCUUGCACUAUCACUCGUCAGGCUCGUUCCGUUGAUGCUCUUCAACUGCACAGCCCUGUUCCUAGAUGCUGUACUCAACAAUAUCGCCACACCGGGCGAUUUCAAGGGUGGGCGAAUGGUAACAACCUUGCUCCAAGGCAGAGUACCACUCGAAGACGCUGCGCUGCAGCUUGAUGAGAUCUACGGAAUUCACUUCAAUAUCGAAAACUUCCAUUUCGCAGUAUGUGCUUCGUUAGUCAAAGGACUCACCGACUCGGUCACCAAGGCGACUGCUAUACGAGUACUAUCGACAUUCCUAGAAGUUACCACGUCAAACCUGGCACUCGAGACGAGGUCUCCAAAAGAUCUAACCGCAUUUCCCUACCUUGGUCUACUGAUAUCUCGAGCGAUGACCCCAGAGGAAUCGAAAGAAAACCUCUGGCUCGCAGGCUGGACCUCUGUUGAUGAUGAGGAGGUAACCGCUGAAGGCGUACUGGACAUGAUAGACCUGCAACAGGUCAAGGAUAAGGAGCUACUACUAAACGCUGCCAUCGGAGUGGUUGACUUUCACUAUCUCGAAGACACUGUACAGAACCGAGGCUUGCUCUGGCUUAACAGAAUUGCCUUGAGACGGCCGACAGUGGUUCUGCAUCUUUGCGGUCCCAUCAUUCGUAUUCUUGACGAUAUCUUGAUUUCAUGCCAGAAUGCCGUAACUCUGGAGUCCGCUCAUCUAUUGAUGCGGACUCUCACAUCGAACCCAAAGUUUUCAGACGGAGUCGAUACAUCGGAAAUGCUAGAAGAUGUUCUCGACGGGAUUGGUUUUGGCGGCCUAUGGCGCUCGUCCACUUUUCACUCGAUUAACGAGCAUGAUAGACAAUGUACUGCACUAACGGACCGUCUUAUUGAGCUCAUCAUUGCAUGA